AUGACCGCCACGGCAGCAUGGCUUGCCCGCGCGCAGAGGAGACGAAAUGGAGAACUUGGAAUCCUUCGUCGCGACUCGGAGCUCAGCGUGAACAGCAAAGCCACCAGCGAAAGCUACUCCUCCAAUCACGACCGGAUGGAGCGCUCCCCUUCUUCGCCACACAGCUCCACCAGCACCACCAAUAGCAGUCUCCCGGAGAACUUUGAGAAGCUCCAAGCACUACAGAGUCAACUGGACAAGAACUAUGCGCAGAUGAGCGCCAACAAGAAACGCAUGGACGAGAUUUCGCAAUUGGACGAGGAGCGUGGAGCUCUUCUGUCGCGACGUCUCGCGGAGAUUUCACAUGUGAACAAGCAGCUGGAAUCUUUGCGCGGCAUCUUCUCGAGGGCGGAGAAGGCUAGUCGGGGUGACUAUCAUGCUGGACUGUCUGAAUGCACUUGA